AUGCACCUGCCCGGCUGCGCCCCCGCCAUGGCCGACGGCAGCUUCUCGCUGGCCGGCCACCUGCUCCGCGGCGCGGGAGGGAGCACCUCGCGGCUGCACAGCAUCGAGGCUAUCCUGGGAUUUACCAAGGAAGACGGGAUCCUGGGUUCCUUCUCGGCGGAGCCGGGCGCUCGGGGCGCCAAGGAGCGGGAUAGGAGGCCGGGCGCGCGGGCCGCUUGCCCCAAGGCGCCCGGGGGAGGCGCCGAGCCCUCCCCGCAGCCCGCCCCGGCGCCUGCUCCCGAGUACGAAGCCCCUCGACCCUACUGCCCCAAGGAGCCUGGGGAGGCGCGGUCGAGCCCAGGGCUGCCGGUCGGCCCCGCCACGGGCGAUGAGAAGCUGUCGGAGGAGGAGCAGCCCAAGAAGAAGCACCGGAGGAACCGCACGACCUUCACCACAUACCAGCUUCACGAGCUGGAGCGCGCGUUCGAGAAGUCUCACUACCCCGACGUGUACAGCCGUGAGGAGCUGGCCGGCAAGGUCAACCUACCCGAAGUCCGGGUCCAGGUAAAGCGCCCGGAUCGCCUGCACCGGAGACCGAGAGCAGAGGCUCGAAGUCGGCGCUCCCCGGGGAGAGGGGACCCACCCGCGGGGGCCCGGCCCAAGGUCAAGCUCGCCGGGCGCCGUGGGCCCCAGGCUGGGCGCGCUGGAGAUCGGCUGCAGACACUCCAAACAGACCCCCGAGGGAACAGCCGAGGGAUGUUUGGCAGGCCUGGGGACCCGCCUCUGGGGCCCGCCUCCCCUCGUCUGGACUCAACGGGGCCGACGCCCGUUGCCUCACCUUCCCCCACCACCCUGUGGGCCUGCCUCGCUGCUCGGCCCUACCUUCCUCUUCACUUCCCAGGCCCCAGACGCGCCUCUGCCUUCGGGCACACUUCCUCCGCCGGGCAGAGUGCCCGGGCGACCAUUGGAGAGAGCCAGCAUACUACAUCCGAGCUCUAA